CAUAACAACGGACAAUAUCAGUUAAAUAGAAUAGUUAGCUAACUAAAUGCAUGCUAAACGUUAGCAUGUAGCUAGCUAACAAACGUUAGCUAGCUAGCUACGGUAUCAUGGUCUGCUACGUGAGGGAAAGCGUCCUACCUCUAUGACUUAGUUGCCAAGAGACGGAUCAUCAUCAUGGGCAAGAGUUGUAAAGUGGUGGUGUGUGGUCUGGCUGCCGUUGGCAAGACUGCUGUCCUGGAGCAACUGCUGUAUGCCAAUCAUAUUGCGGGCUCAGAGCCCAUGGAGACCCUGGAGGAUAUCUAUAUUGGCUCCAUAGAAACGGACCGUGGCACUCGAGAGCAAGUGCGCUUCUACGACACCCGGGGUCUUCGUGAUGGUCUGGAGUUCCCUCGCCACUACUUCUCCUUUGCAGACGGUUUUGUCCUGGUCUACAGUAUCGACAGUAAGGAGUCCUUCAAACGCAUGGAGGCCCUCAAGAAAGACAUUGACCGCUACCGUGAUAAGAAAGAGGUGAACAUAGUGGUGCUGGGCAACAAGCUGGACAUGCAGGAGCAGAGGAGAGUGGACUCGGAAGUGGCCCAGCACUGGGCCAAGACAGAAAAGGUGCGUCUGUGGGAGGUGUCUGUGGCAGACCGGAAGACCCUCAUCGAACCUUUUGUCCACCUGGCCAGCAAGAUGACCCAGCCCCAGAGCAAAUCAUCCUUCCCCCUCAGCCGCAAUAAGAACAAGGGGAGUGGCUAUGUCGAUAGCUGAGGGAGAAGGGGGAGGGAGGGAAGAAUGAGAAAGGGAGGGAAGGAGAGGAGAAACGCAAUAGACAGGCUAAAAAUCAAUCACAAAUACAGGCAAUUUUAUGUCUGCACGAAUGUACACCGACUGAAUCAGAAACCAAUGGUUUCAUGGAUAUUUCGACUGAUAUUUCGACUCAUAUUUGACCAUUUAGACUGAUCUUUGACGACAAGGAAAUGUUGACAUCAAAUGGAAAAUCAAGAGGGUUGUUUGUAUCAUGGAGGAUACAUAAGGGACUAUAUUACUGUUAGUUAAUCAGGAGAUUUGUUACACUACUGGCAUGCCAUCUACUCAGAUGAAAUAUGGCAACUAUUUUAGCAUGGAUGAUCUGAAUUUUAUUUUAAGUUAGAGUACAUGAAACAAAUCCAUAUUUUGAAGAAUUAUAAAAACAUUCCUCUAUUCUUUUAGCGAUGUCAGAAAUGUUACUGCCUUUUGAGAUCGCUUUGAAUUUUAAAAUUACAUUAUUGUCUAAAGAUUUGAAUUGUGGCUGACAGACUAGCAGUCUUAUGUGAUGUCUCUUGGUGAACAGGGUGUUUGAAGAGCUUCCUGCCUGCUGGACAGGCCCUGAAGAGCUCUUGACCACAGCCUAAGCAUGCUGAAUUAUCUGUACCUCAUCAGAAACUCCUUACUGUCCUUGAAAACCAUGGGGUAUCCUUGAUCUUUGUUACUGAGCUAUGUUGGUCAGACGAAAUGCAAAAGUAUUUCAUUUUCAAAUUAUUUAACUGACUGAAGCCAUUUAAUGCCAUGUCAGGGUCCAUAGUUAUUGUGCAACAUUUCAUGUGUGUGUCACUGAACAAGAAAGAUGCCUUGGCCUAGUUUGGAGUAGUUUUUUGCUUUGUGACUAUUCACAGAUCGUUAUAUUUGUGUUAUAUUUUGACAUUGUUCAUCUCUGUCUUUAUGUCUGUAUUAUUGAAGUGCAUAUUAUUUUCAUGAUAAAUAUUGGGGCAUUUAUACUCUGAUGCAAUAUAAAGCACAGUAUGUAUCUUUUAAAAUGUUCUGGAGACUGGAUAAUCGUUUGCAUGUUGUGUAAACAAAUUAAAAGAUUCCCUCUGCAUCUAA